UCCAGGACAGCCAGCACUCAGUUCCACAGGAGCCACAACGCACACUGGGAAACAUGGGUCUGAAGCUGCUCGAGUCCAGACUUUGUCUCCUUCUGCUUCUGGGACUUGUCCUAAUGCUUGCCUCAUGCCAGCCACCAACCCCUUCCCAGCGGUUUGCUAUCCGGCACAUCUAUAAUAGGGCUUAUCCCCGAUGUAAUGAUGCAAUGAGACAUGUUAACAGAUUGACCAGAAAUUGUAAGAACAAAAAUACUUUUCUUCAUACAAGUUUUGCUAGUGUUGUUCGUGUGUGUGGCAAUAGAAACACCCCCUGUACAAACAGGACAAAUACAAAUUGUCAUAACAGUCCAUAUCGGGUAUCUAUAACUUUCUGUAAUCUCACAACUCCGGCAAGGAUUUAUACCCAAUGCAGAUACCAAACUACAGGAUCCAGGAAGUUCUACAGAGUUGCCUGUGACCCCAGAACUCCAAGGGACAGUCGCAUCUAUCCAGUGGUUCCGGUUCACUUGGAUAGGAUAUUUUAGCUCCAGUGCCAGCACUUUGUACCUGAGCUCAUCGACUCCUGCCAAGAUCACAGUAGUGAAGAUCCAGUUCCUCUGUCUGCACUGCGUAUCAGCUCCUGUCCUCAUGAAACCUGUCCCUGACUCCCUUUAAUAUAGCUUAACAGAUUUUGUAAUCAAUAAACACCUUUGCAUAUGCAUCU